AUUUCUGUGUCAAUAUCCAACAAUGAAUAGACAACAGGAAGAAAAAAGCACUGCACUUUCUCAACUUUUCUCGGCAUAAGUUAAAAUAUGACACUUAAAACCAAAUGAAUAAAAAUAUACACACGCUUUUCUUCCCAUCUGUUGUUUUCCACUGUAUGUUGAAUUCACACUGCCUGUCAAAAGUUUCUGAAUACUGAAUACUCAAAAAUGAAUUUCAAACAGUGUGCUCAUUGUUAAUACCACAAGUCAGAAAAUACAAGAAAACAACAUAUGGAUGCAGAAACAAUUGUCUGUUUUAUUAGAAAUGGCCAAUGGACCCUAUAGACACCUGUAGAAGACAAUGUAAAUAGUUUUUCUUGCUUGUUACUGUACUUGAUGAUAAUGCAAACCUAGGCUUAAUAAGCUGACCUUUUCAUUAUAGUCCCACUUGCCUGUGAAGCACUAAUUAAGAAUCAUAACAUCUGAGAUUUUGCCAACCGUUCCUUAAAGGCCCCAGAUCCAGUGUACAACCGCUGGGGCUCUUCUGAAGUGAGUGGAGGGUAUUAGUAGUUACAGUUCAGACUUUGCACACAGGCAAUGGCAAUUAGGUAUACUGCUGAUACAGCAUCAUAUUAAUUUAUGUUAUGUUAGCAUGUUAGCAAUAAAUGCAGUAAACUAUAGACACACUAUAGACAAAAUAAUAAAAUAUACACAUAAUCAGACUUGAUCACCAGUGAAGGUAAUAACUUAGCACAUUUACUUCAGUAAUAGAAUUAAGAUUGUUUUUUUAGGUAUUUGUACUUUAGAACUUCCACUUUACUCUGCAAUGUUGUAGUCCUAUCUACAUGUAUUUGACAUAGUAGUUACUUGCAGAUUACGAUUUCACAUAGAAAACAUAUGGUGAACUUAUGAAUAUGAUCUAUAUAUAAAACUACUGGAUAGUAUGGGGCAUAAAUUGAAGAAAUGUUCCUAUAUUAGUAACAAUAUUCCAACAAUAUAUUAAAUAUAAAACAUUAAAAGGAGCCAUGCUUCUAAUUACUAUUACUUAAGUAGUCACGUGUGCCUUUAAUCAAAAAUGUGAUAAUUAUAGUGACAAACAUUUCUCAGUUCCCUGUAGUAAAUUUAGAUUUUGUGAUAUUCAAUCCUGCAAUUAGCGCUUUGCUUGAGUUUAAUCUGAAAAUGUUCAGUCACUGGCAGUGCAUCUUCACAAAUAUUUAAAUGCAGAGCAAACAGUCUUCCCAUUCCUCUGCUUUAAUUGAUAUGCAGGCUCUGUCUGUACCUGAGGACAAUGAAGUCUAUACUUCAGUGUAGGCUGCGGAGAGUCACUCCACGACCAGGAGAGGGCAUCUCAAGUCCUGAAACGAGCACCACUGAGCUCAGUAUAAUCCUACACCAACAUCAUUCCUGUUGCUAUACAACUGAUUUAUUCUUGAUGCCACGGUCAACGGGUCUAAUCCACAGCAGACUGCGCCGUUUCCUCCUACCGUGCACAUCUGAAUUAGGAUUCAUCCAACUUGCCGGGUUUGGACCUCAGUUUAUUCCUUUCAAAUUUCUUCACUUGCUCGGUUUCCAGUCUCUUUUCUGUCACUUAACCUAGAUUCAACAAUUGGCGACUCGGUGUUUGAAAUGUAGGCUUUUACAGCCUUCCAAAAAAAAAAAAAAAAAACGCGCUCAACAAUGUAAUUCUCCUGAGGAUACGAGCUUGAGCGCGUUCAUCCGACGGUUUUUGUAAGGUGGCAGUCAGAAAUAUGCGUUAUCAAGCUCAUGUUGUGCGGUAACGUGGGAAACUACAGGCAGAGGUUGAUACACACCUUCUGGAGCUACUCUCAUCUCCGACAGGUGUGCGGCUGUGCGCAAAGCGGAUACGGCUGCGGCUCAAAGUGCGUAUAUUUUCCUUGCAGACGGGCGUCCUGGGUGCGUGUCCAACUAUCUGGACAAAACGCCGAGUGCGUCUAACAUGUGGACGUGGAACGCAUGCAACAGAGAGCCCUAAACAUGAGGAGGAGCCGACACCGCGCAAAUAUGGGACUUCCAGUGCUUUUCAGAUGGCUUGUAUUCACAGUGGUGGUGCCCGCCUGGCUGCUUGCUGCUGCUCCAAGCAGCAUCCGUGAGCGUCCCUGCCCCCAGAGCUGUAGAUGUGAUGGGAAAAUAAUAUACUGUGAAUCCAAUGCCUUCCGUGACGUGCCAAGCAAUGUGUCUGUGGGCACACAGGGCCUGUCCCUGCGUUACAACAGCCUGGUGAACCUCAGAGCCCACCAGUUUGCAGGGCUGAGUCAACUAGUUUGGCUCUACCUCGACCAUAAUUACAUCAAUGCUGUGGAUGGCCAGGCUUUCCAUGGGAUACGAAGGCUCAAAGAACUGAUCCUCAGCUCAAAUAAGAUCACACAGCUGAAAAACAACACUUUCCAUGACGUUCCUAAUUUACGUAAUCUUGAUCUUUCCUACAAUAAACUGCAGGUUCUGCAGCCUAAUCAGUUCCUGGGUUUACGGAAACUGCUGAGUUUACACUUGAGGUCAAAUUCCUUAAAAACUGUGCCAAUGCGAGUGUUCCUCGACUGUCGCAACCUGGAGUUUCUUGAUAUUGGCUACAACAGGCUACGGAGCCUGACCCGUAAUGCCUUUGCAGGACUCCUUAAACUCAUCGAGCUUCAUCUGGAGCACAACCAGUUCUCAAAGAUAAAUUUUGCUCAUUUCCCCCGUCUGACUAACCUGAGGGCACUCUAUUUACAGUGGAACCGUAUCAAACUACUAACCCAGGGCCUGCCAUGGAUGUGGACUUCCUUGCAAAAGCUGGAUCUUUCAGGAAAUGAACUCCAAGUGCUGGACCCGAGUACGUUCCAAUGCCUCCCUAAUCUCCAGACACUUAAUCUGGACUCCAACAAACUCAGCAAUGUGUCUCAACAGACGGUGGAGGCUUGGAUCUCCCUCACCACCAUCAGUCUGGCUGGUAAUUUGUGGUACUGUAACCCCAACAUAUGUCCCCUGGUGGCCUGGCUCAAGGCCUUUAAGGGCAACAAGGAGUCCACUAUGAUUUGUGCUGGCCCAAAAGAGGCACAAGGAGAGAAAGUGACAGACGUGGUGGAGACUUACAACAUCUGUACAGCAACACCGACUCCUAUACCUACAACGACAUCGCCCCUCACUUCUGCAUUUCACCCUGAGCUGCUGCCUCUUCCCACACAGUCCGUGGUCGAUAAGAAGCCAAACUGGAACAGGACAGCCUCCCCGACUCCUUCCGAGGCCUCCCCCACCAUCCCCUUGCCAGACACUGAGUAUGUGUCCUUCCACAAGAUCAUAGCUGGUAGCGUGGCCCUCCUCUUAUCUGUGGCUAUAAUUCUCCUGGUUAUCUAUGUCUCAUGGAAGCGCUACCCUAGCAGUAUCAAACAGCUUCAGCAGCGCUCUGCGGUUAAAAAGCGCCAGAAAAAGGCUCGGGAGACAGAGCGCUCCCUUAAUUCUCCACUGCAAGAGUACUAUGUGGACUACAAGCCUUCACACUCAGAGACUAUGGAUGUGCUGGUUAAUGGGACAGGACCUUACACAUACACCAUCUCAGGCUCCAGGGAAUGCGAGGUAUGACCGUUGCCCUCCAAAAAUCCAUUUCCACUGCGAGGCAUGAGAGAUACCACGGCAGCUGAGUGCUUUGACGUUGUACAGGUGUGAGCAGUCGGUUCUGGAUUACUGCCAUGCCCACCUGCCGCUGCACCUCAAUGUGGGCAUGGAGCCCCAAACUCAGGCGCUGGGAGGUCCAAGGUACCACUCAGGCCUAAUGGCUGCCCUCCCCUCCGAGCCUGUGCUGCCUUGCCCCCAGACCCACUCCCUCCACCAGUGAGCUGUGCACACUGUGAGGCUCUGUGUCCAAAAUACUGUAUGUCUGCUGCACAGGAUCGGUGGACCAUUCAAAUGAAACACAAAGCUGUGUGGGAGGGAACUGGGACUGGUAAAGAAGCAAAGGAGACAAUUAAUCUACUGCAGAGCAUCCUGGAACCAGGGUAAUGAAAAUAUUUCUCAGUGGAAAUAAAGGGGUGCAGCAGUAUUGAUUAGUGAGCUUCUGAUCUACCUGACCCUCACUGUCCUCAAUUAGGAAGGAGGCUGAACAGCAGCAUGACUUUCCACAUUCUGCUAUGCCUCUUGAGAAGUAUUAAGGAUAAUAAUUUAAUGAUUUGUUAAUCUUAUUAAACAUAUUUCCUCAACUUCUCCUAAUCUGGGCGCCUCUCAGCUGCGUCAGGUAAAGUAAUCAAACGCAAAAUGCUAUAAACAGAGCAGGGAAACAGCAUGAUAAGCGAAUGAGUAGCAGAACAAAUGAAAGAUCAGCCAAGCUAAAACGUUCUCUGCUGCUUUUCCUGAUCACACUGUCAGUCAGAGGUCUCUCCCUAACUCAAGUCCCUGUAGCGUUUUUCAUCUCCAGAAAUGAGCCACUCAAAUGAAAUUACCCAAGACGAGAGAAACGAGUCAGAAAAUAACGGACAAUAAUUGUCAAAUAAAAUGUACAGCCUACACAUCUUGCCGGCAGUAAGUAUAAUUUACAUGGUGACUUCUGAUUUCUUUAAUUAAUUUGUGAUGUGGAUCACAUUAUAAUUUAUUUAGUCAAGCUGAAAAAUAAACACCAAGUACAGAUCUUGCUGCACUGGGACAUUCAGAUAUUUACUUUUCAACAACAAUUUAAAUCACUCUUGUAGUUAGUGGUUUUUGUUUGCUUUUGUUAAAAUGUGUUAUUCAACCAAUUAUCUGAUUGUGCACUCAUAAUAUCUACAUGUGUGUGCUUUUUACAAGAUGUUACAUUAUAAUAUAUGAUAAAUUAACUGUGGUAAAUGACCAGUAACAGUACCAUUCAUCAAGAUCAGUGGUAUCAACCCAAACAACUGUCUGCUGUAUUUAGACAGCUGUGUAGGUGGCUGAAGAGACUCAAGAGCACACCGCUGAAGGCAAGACUGUAUAAUAAUGAUAUGUGUCUGGUUUUUGCCUCAGUGAUCACGACCCUGAUGGUAACUUUCACUUGCUUUUUCCUCCUCCUGUGACUGUGUGUGUGACCGUUAUCUGACGUAAUACAGUGUACUUGGCUCAUGGCCUUUUAUGUUGCUUCCAGGAAAGCAAACUUGUGUUCAAAACAGUACCCAAUUAAGGUCCUGGAUAUUAAUAGACAGCAGCUCCAUGUUCUUCACAAGCAAAUAGUGUACCAUGACAAUGGUGAAAGCUAAGCUAAAUGAGAUAAAAUUGGAACAUUUGUCAGCUGGGAAUUGACCGCUAGCUAAACCAGUCCCCUGAACAAUAAUUUUCCAAUCAUAGUUUGGCAACCAUAAAUAGGCUGGCCUGUCAAGCUUUGGAUGUCACAUGUUGAAAUAUUGUGCAUUCAGCUGUAAGGGUGAUACUCGAUAUUUAAAGAGUUAUGGGGGUUGUGUCUUUUUAUUUAGUCUUUCCAAAAUCAUAAACACAAAAAUUAAUUGAACUGAAUGUUUAUCUGCUCUAAUAUAAGAUGCAAAACGUAGCAUGAACUGAACUGCUAACUAACUUAAUAGUAAGUAUAGUUACCCAGUCUUACCUCUGAGGCCAAGAAGUAUUUUAUUAGUUGACUGCAUUUUGUGGACUUGCGUUAGACAAAUCUCCUCUCUAGCACAUUCACUGUGUAGUAUUUCCCCACUGAACAGAAUCCUGGAUACUAUCAGCAUAGGGUAACAUUAGCAGUUUUGUCCUGCCCCUGUUCUGCUGUUGGAUUUGGGGGCAUUUACACUACAGCAACCACUACCAAACUUCUUACCAUGGGGAGCAUUAUGUUCAGUAAAUACACUAGUUAUACUAUAUCUGAAAACUCAUAUCUCUUGUAGGGUUAAAGUGAAACAUAUUGUUAAAAAAUACAAACAACAAAGCAUGGGUCUAACAUCUGACUUGCUUCUCCAGGUGUAAGAUAAGCAGCCAAAUAAGGCUGUGUAAGAAUUGUUAAAAAAAAAAAAGAAGAAGAA